CACCAGGAGAACAUCAUCUCCCCUGUUGAGGACUCCCCCAUCCCUGAGAUCACUGGCAAGGACUCGGGAGCCGACGGUGCUGGCACAUCUCCCCGCAGCCAGAACAAGCCCUUCAGUGUCCCCCACACCAAGUCACUGGAGGGGCGGAUCAAGGAGGAGCUGGUGGCCCAGGGCCUGCUGGAGUCGGAGGACCGUCCGGCCGAGGACUCGGAGGAUGAGGUGCUGGCCGAGCUGCGCAAGAGGCAGGCCGAGCUGAAGGCCCUCAGCGCGCAUAACCGUGCCAAGAAGCAUGAGCUGCUGCGACUGGCCAAGGAGGAGCUGCACCGGCAGGAGCUGCGACAGCGCGUCCGCAUGGCCGACAACGAGGUGAUGGAUGCCUUCCGCAAGAUCAUGGCUGCCCGGCAGAAGAAGCGCACACCCACCAAGAAAGAGAAGGACCAGGCCUGGAAGACCCUGAAGGAGCGGGAGAGCAUCCUCAAGCUGCUGGAUGGGUAG